AGAGGCUGGGCUGGAUCCCAGCCGCCGCUCCUCCUCCCGGCAGGCUGGCUGAUGAGUCAGCUGACGCCGGCGCUCCAGCCUCGCCUCGCGGCGCUGCGCUCCCUGCGCUCCCCCAAAGUGGCUGCAAACCGGCCGCCCACUUUCAGGUUUUGGGGGACGGAGAAAGUGAUGUGCGCCUUCUGAAGCCACGCCGGGCCGCAGCCGUAGCCGCUUCACCUUGUCAACUUUCUCCUUCCCCACCCCAAAGCCUUCUCUUGACCCUGGCCUCAGCCCUCCCCAAAGCCACUUAGGGUGCGUGCGCUUGGGUGAGGUGGGGGGUUGUCACUGGCUGUCCGGGAUGGCUUCCAAUUUUAAUGACAUAGUGAAGCAAGGGUACGUGAGGAUCCGGAGCAGACGCCUAGGGAUUUAUCAACGAUGUUGGUUAGUAUUCAAGAAAGCUUCAAGCAAAGGUCCAAAAAGACUGGAGAAAUUUUCCGAUGAACGUGCUGCAUAUUUUAGGUGUUAUCAUAAGGUUACAGAACUCAACAACGUGAAGAACGUAGCUCGGUUGCCAAAAAGCACCAAGAAACAUGCCAUAGUGAUUUAUUUCAAUGAUGAUACCUCCAAGACCUUUGCUUGUGAAUCAGAUCUUGAGGCUGAUGAAUGGUGCAAAGUUCUCCAGAUGGAGUGCGUAGGGACACGAAUCAAUGACAUCAGCCUUGGAGAGCCUGACUUACUGGCUACGGGGGUUGAGAGAGAACAGAGUGAGAGAUUCAAUGUGUAUUUGAUGCCAUCUCCUAACUUAGAUGUACAUGGCGAAUGUGCCUUGCAGAUUACAUAUGAGCACAUCUGUCUUUGGGACGUCCAGAAUCCCAGAGUCAAACUCAUCUCUUGGCCGCUAAGCGCCCUGCGGCGGUAUGGACGAGAUGCUGCUUGGUUCACUUUUGAGGCAGGGAGGAUGUGUGAGACUGGUGAAGGGCUGUUUAUCUUUCAAACGCGAGAUGGGGAGGCCAUCUACCAGAAAGUCCACUCUGCUGCCUUGGCCAUAGCUGAGCAGCACGAGCGCUUGCUACAGAGCGUGAAAAAUUCAAUGCUCCAGAUGAGGAUGAGUGAGCGGGCCGCCUCGCUGAGCACCAUGGUGCCCUUGCCUCGAAGCGCCUACUGGCAGCACAUCACGCGGCAGCACAGCACAGGGCAGCUCUACCGCCUGCAAGAUGUCACCAGCCCUCUGAAGCUUCAUCGAACAGAGACUUUUCCUGCCUACCCAUCUGAGCACUGACGGAACUGCCAAGAAUUGCUGUGUGACAUGCUUGUGAUGUGUCAGGCACAGAUCCACCCGGGAGGUCAGAGGAUGACCCCAAGGGAAGCGCUGAAGAAAAGAAGCUACACGUCCUGGCUAACUGGUCCUUGGGAAACUCUGCAAUACCAUAUUUGUCUUUUUCUUUUUUUCCUUUCUUUUUUUUCCCCCCUUAAAAAAAACUUAGCAUAAUUGAAACCUUUUCCUUAAAAGGUUUUUCUUUUUUCUUUCCUUAAAAAAAAAUUAGCAUAAUUGAAACCUGCUCUAUAGACAUUGACGUUUUCUUCCCUCUUUUACAGUUGGACAGAAAGGAGUCGAUGCCACAAAAUGAUUUUCUAUUGUAGAUACCAUGUCCCUUGCACCUCUCUGAAUCUAUCCUUUUGCCGAUUCUUGUGGUUUUUCCUUCUGAGUGUUUCAAUUGUAUGACAGUACUGACAAUAAAAUGGCUCUUAAUUAUUUGUUAUUUGUUUAGACCGUAUUCCUCAGUUAUUCAUAUUAUGGUUCUGCUUAACUGUUGGCCAUCAUAUUUUAUUAUAUUCCCCAUUAGUUAAAUCAGUGCUUUAACUCAGUAUUACCUAUUAUGUUAAUAAAUCACCUUUCCAAGCACCCUUUAUAUUCUUUAUAGGGUUACAAUUUCUCUCUCACACCAUCUCCCCUCUCCCUCCUUUUUAAAAAAGCCUUUAUUUUGUUUGGUGUACUUUCCCAAAACAUUUUAAAAUAAAAGAUCAUUCUUCACCCAUA